AUGAGCGAGAAAUCAGAUACCGUGCACGAGACGCAGAAGUUUGGCGGCUCUAUUCUGAGAUCGCUGUCUAUCUCCGAGGAUUAUGAGGCCGGCGCGGAGCAUAAGGCAAAAAACCCGUUUGCAGACCCUGAAGCGGCUGAACGGUGGAGAAAGGUGUAUGAGGCUUCCAAUUAUGAGAACCUGCCCUGGUACGACCCAGAUUUCACGUGGACAAAGGAGGAGGAGCGCCGGCUCGUGCGCAAGCUAGACCUGCGGAUCUUUUCGUGGGUGUUUGUCAUGUUCUGUGCCUUGGAUCUGGUGAGAAGAAACGUCACCCGGGCGGUGUCCGAUAACUUUCUUAAGGACCUGGGAAUGUCUAAUAGCGGCUACAACCUCGGACAAACGAUCUAUCUGGUUUCGUUUCUAUGUGCCGAGUUGCCGUUGAAUAUUGUUUCCAAACGGUUUGGCCCCGAGCGUGUGAUUCCGUUCCAAAUGCUCGCGUGGUCGAUUGUCUGCAUUUGUCAGGCCGGACUCAAGACCAGGGCCCAGUUUAUCGGCACCAGAGCCCUGCUGGGAUUCUGUCAGGGCGGGUUUAUCCCGGACCAGAUCCUGUACCUGUCGUACUUCUACACAGGAAUCGAUCUUCCACUAAGACUGGCCGUUUUCUGGGUUGCAAUUCCUCUGUUCCAGAUUCUCGGGUCGUUGCUUGCUUCGGGUAUCACUCAGAUGCGUGGAAUCCACGGCCUUGCCGGCUGGCAAUAUCUGUUCAUCAUUGAAGGGUUUCUGAGUCUGGGCGUGGCUGUUCCGAGCUUCUAUUUCAUGCGAGGCGGCCCAACAUUGACCCAGAACCGGUUUUUCAAGGGCCGCAAGAAGUGGUUCAACGAAAGAGAGGAAAAGAUCCUGGUCAACCGUGUUCUGCGCGACGACCCAACCAAAGGAGACAUGAACAACAGACAGCCCGUUUCUUUGAAACAGAUCGUGCUCACCGUGAGCCAGCCAGACUACUGGCCGUUGCUGAUCCAGGGAAUCAUGGCUUUCAUUCCGUUCCAACCAGUAUCCCAGUACAUCUCCUUGAUCCUCAAGAACAUGGGGUACUCCACGUUCCUGUCGAACGUGCUAGCCAUCCCCGGCCAGUUCUGGUUCCUGAUCAACCUGCCGCUUGUGGUUGGAUUCAGCCAUCUGAUCAAGGAGAAGAGUAUCAGCACCGGAAUGUCCAACAUCUUCAUUUUCCCGUUCGUGGUGGCACUGGUAGCCUACCCCAACACGGGAAACAACUGGGUCAAGUACGUGCUACUGACGGGAAUCACCAGCCAGCCUUAUACCCACGCAAUUCUGGCGGCAUGGAUCUCGCGCAUCUCGUACAACGUUGGAUCCCGUGCCGUGGCUACCGCAACAUAUAACAUGAUGUACCAGAUCGGGAGUAUCAUCGCGGCCAACAUCUACCGCGACAGCGACAAGCCGUACUAUGACAGGGGAAACAAGAUCAUUCUGGGAAUCACCUGUUUCAACAUCGUGUUUGCCAUCUUCACCAAGUUCUAUUACAUCCUUCGAAACCGUCAGAAGGAGGCCAAAUGGAACUCUCUCACCCCCGAGGAGCAGAGAGUGUACCUGGAAACGACAACAGACCUGGGAAUCCGCCGUUUGGACUUCCGUUUCGUUCAUUGA